UAGGAUUAACAAUAACCAUGUGGAUUUUAGCUUUAAUUGAUUGACCAUUUGGGAACAGGGACAGUCACAACACACACUCAUAGACACAGAGAGCUUGGUCAGCCUUCUUCGAUCUGAUCUUAAAUCUCAGACAGAUCUCGUCGGCUGGUGAAAAUGGCCGGUGGAGUUAACCGGAAGAUAUCGGCCGCUUCGGCCAGAGCUCACACCCGAAGAACCAAGCAAAACAGCUCCUUCCGUCUUCCUUCAGGGAUGUUUAGGACAACACUGGUGGUGUUGUUUAUGGGGUUUCUGGCAUGGGCAUAUCAGGCCAUCCAACCUCCUCCACCAAAGAUUUGUGGCUCUCCUGAUGGCCCUCCUGUUACAGCACCAAGAAUAAAACUUAGGGAUGGAAGGCAUUUAGCCUAUCAAGAGCAUGGGGUCCCAAAAGAAAAUGCUCAGUAUAAAAUUGUUUAUGUCCAUGGUAUUGAUUCUUGCAGACAUGAUGCUGUUGCUGCACAAACCCUAUCUCCAGAAAUUGUUGAAGACUUGGGUGUCUACUUUGUGUCUUUUGACAGACCUGGUUAUGGAGAGAGUGAUCCUGAUCCAAAUAGAACAGCAAAGAGUAUGGCUUUAGAUAUAGAGGAGCUGGCUGAUGAAUUAGGAUUAGGAUCCAGAUUCUAUGUAAUUGGUUUUUCCAUGGGUGGACAGGUUCUUUGGGGUUGCCUCAAGUACAUCCCUCACAGGCUAGCAGGAGCGGCACUAUUAGCUCCAGUUGUUAAUUACUGGUGGACCGGUAUUCCUGCAAAUCUAUCUAACGAAGCAUACCACCAACAGUUUCAGCAAGACCAGUGGGCAGUUCGUGUUUCUCACUACACCCCUUGGCUUACCUAUUUCUGGAACACUCAAAAAUGGUUUCCCGCUUCAAGUGUUAUGGCUCACAGCACAGAUAUUCUUUCUCAACAAGACAAAGAACUCCUCCCUAAGCUUUUCAAAAGAAAACCAUAUAUGGACCAGGUAAGACAGCAAGGAGAAUUCGAGUCCAUUCACCGUGACAUGAAUCUUGGAUUUGGGACCUGGGAAUUCAGUCCUCUGGAUCUGGAAAAUCCUUUUCCAAACAAUGAAGCUUCUGUUCAUGUGUGGCAUGGAGAUGAAGAUAACAUGGUUCCUGUUACUCUGCAACGAUACAUUGCCCAACAACUUCCCUGGAUUCAAUAUCAUGAGAUACCAGGUGCUGGACACUUGUUCCCACAUGCUGAUGGGAUGUGCAAUACCAUUGUCAAGGCACUUUUAACUGAUGACAAGUAACCUUCUACUUAUCUAAUGGGCUACUUCAUGUUAGCUUUUCUGUGCAUUCAUAUUCUCUGUGGAGAAUCAGAGAAUCAAAGUUCUGUAUGUUCAAUAUAGAUUUUGAACCAGCCAGCUCUGUUAUAGAUUGUUGCACCACAAUACACUUGCUUCUUAGGGACUGAAUAUUGAAAAGUUGGGUUUGAUAUAAAAUUGUGAAACCUGCAGGAUUGUUGUUUGCUACACUAUGGAAUGGUUAAAUCA